CAUAUUGUUUCAGUUAUUUGGAUAUCACAAGAAGGAGAAGAAGCAAAAAGCUUUCUGGAAACUUUACUGGUGGCAGAUACAAUGAGAGGAAUUUGAGAAUCUUACUCUGCAGAUGGAGAGUGACUUAUGGGGACUGUUAGCCAUGGAUACAGCAGAUCAACUCAACAUGACUCAAGUGGAAGAACUAAAAUCUUACAACUGCUGCUCAGCUCCCGGCACAACAAAUAGUGAGAACUUUUUGAAGCUGGACGACAGCACGACGCUGGUUGGGGUUCAAGUUGUUCUCAUCCUUGCUUACAGCACAAUCAUAUUGUUUGGUGUCAUUGGAAACUCCUUGGUGAUAUAUGUUGUCUUCAAGUUUAAAAAUCUACGGACUGUCACCAAUUUCUUUAUCGUAAACUUAGCUGUGGCAGACCUGCUGGUGAACACGCUAUGUUUGCCUUUCACCCUUGUCUACACUCUGUAUGGCGAGUGGAAGUUUGGUCAGGUACUGUGCUUCAUGCUGCCCUGCGCUCAAGGUAUGGCGGUGCACGUGUCCACCAUCACCAUGAACGUCAUCGCCCUGGACCGCCACAGGAGCAUUGUCUACCACAUGGAGACCAAGAUGUCCAAAGAUAUGUGCGCCGUGGUCAUUGUCAUCACAUGGGCCGUCAGCGCUCUGUUGGCCAGUCCGCUUGCCAUUUUCAGGGAGUACGGGACGUUGGAAUUUUCGCCAGAAGAUUCUAUUCAGGUGUGUACAGAGAAGUGGCCGGGCAGCAGCAUGAACGGAAGCAUUUACAGUAUAUUAGCACUUCUGGUUCAGUAUGGUUUACCUUUGGCCAUCAACUGUGUUGCCUACAUCCGCAUCUGGAAUAAGCUGAAGAAUCACAUGACUUAUGGAGGUCGAAAUGACCGCAAUCAGCGCAGGAAGAAGACGACGAAGAUGCUGCUGACCAUGGUGGUGGUCUUCGCCGUCAGUUGGUUGCCUCUCCAUGCGUUCCAGUUGGCUGCUGACAUCGACAGCACUGUGUUGUCCAUGAAGGACUUUAAGCUGCUUUUCACUGUGUUCCACAUUGUGGCUAUGUGCUCGACAUUUGUCAAUCCCAUCUUGUACGGGUGGAUGAACAACAACUACAGGGAGGCCUUUCUGUCUGUGUGUAAGUGUUACCAGCCCUUCAGUCUGAGGUCAAGACGCUCCAACGGAAGAGAGACACAAAAAGAUCGAGACAGGGUUUGUACAGACUGUAAAUCAACAAAUGUCUAG